AUGAAUGGAGCCGACACUGAGGGAGCCGCGCAAGAAAAAAAGGCUGAUCGAAGGAAAGCGCCUCGACCCGAAGUGCAGAUCUAUCGGCCGGGUAUGCUGAAACAAGGAGUGGACAUCACUUUGAAUGCGGCAGCUCAAGAUGAGGAAAUCUCCAGUAAAAACAGGGGCCCUCGUCAACCACCGAGGUCACCUGGAAGAGAUCGAUUUGAAUAUAGAACUUAUGAGAACUCAAAUCGUCGACGGCAACGGGAAGAUGCAAGGAAUGGAGACUCUGGCUCAACAACCCCGGAAAGUCACCAUCAUGAUGAUUAUCGAAGAACGAGAGGUGGAGGAAUGGACAGAAGGGGAAAUCGUCGAGGUCCACCUUCUGAGUACUCUUACAAUGGUAGUCGAGAUGAUUUGGCAUCUGAAGCCUCUUAUGCAACAAGGGCAAGCGGCUAUAAUUCAACUCAAUCUCUCCUCGAAACACGACCGCGACCUGGUGGAUACCUUGACCAGAGAAUCGGUCAGAAACCAAAUGAACGUCCCAGAAAUGAUCGAGGCAAUGAUCGAGGCAAUGAUCGACAGCUUAAUCGAAUGAAUCGACCGCAAUUUGAAAGAAACACGGAUCGAGCCUCGAUGCGGGCCGAAACUAUGCAAAGAAGACGAGGAGGGGGAAGGGGUGUCAGGAAUCGAAAUGACUCCCUAAAUAGCACGCAAAGCGAACGUCCGGCUAGUCUUUACGUUGACACCAGUGAUCGCUAUGAUGAAACUCGAUCAGUUGGUGGGGCUCCAUCUGAAGCUCCAUCUUCGCAAGGCCUUUCGUUUGCCGAAUUGUGUGCUUCUUUCGAUAGUAUGGGUUCGAUGAAUUGGAGUGAGGUGGUUCAAGAAGAUUUUGCAACUGAAAAUGAAGCAGCACAAAGCAAUGAUGCUCUUGAGUUAAAGGCGAGACUUCAAGCCUCGAAUCGAGAACAUGAAGGAGAGACUGGGGAAAGAAGACGAGAAAAGGCACCAAGAGGAAUCAUCACAAGAGGUGGAUAUGGACAGAGAAUGAGAAGAGAUUCGGAUCGUUCAUCGUCUGUGGCUGAUUCGAUUGUCGAAGAAAGAUCGGAUAGUGAAAGUCGAGAUGAAACAUUUGGUGAAGAAAGUGAAAGAGAGGGAGAGCUUACGCCCACUCGAUUGAGAAGCCCCGAGCCAAGUGAAUCCAUUCCCGAAUUGAGCGAAGAUGUGAAAGAUCUUCCGAAUUUACGCCCUGAAGGGAAAGGCCGUUGGAAAGGUCGAAUCUCGUAUGUAAAUGAUGAUGCAAUUACGAACGAGCCGACAAAAGGAGAUAAAAAGUUGGAAAGUAUGGAAAACAUCAAGAAAAAUGAAAGAACGCCAACAGAAGAGACGACAAAAGUUAGAGAUCCAAUGCAGCGGUUGAAUAGACUGAAAGGUCGAGUCUCACUCCCAGCCGAGCCCUAUCAACCGCCGGCUAUGAGAAUUAAAGAAAGAUCAACAACAGCUUCAUCGGAUUCCACUCCACGUGCCUCAAUUGAUGAGAAUCGCGAAAGAUCACAAGAAAUGGUUGUAUCAUCAAGUAAAGAACGAGAAUCGACGAGUAGAAAUGAUCAACAAUCGACAAUGAAAGUCUUGUCGCGAAAAGAAAAGGAAACCACUGAAACGCACUCGAGCUAUCAAAAAAUCAAAGAACAAUUUGGGGAGAAAAUAACAUCUAUCAAUGAUCAAAUGGACUCGCUAAUACCGCAAAUUGCCGCCAGAGAUGUGAGCUCAGCGAAGAAGGCUGUAGAACUGAGCACAAAGCUUUCUGAGGUCUACUACGACUUCCUCACCAAGGAUAUUGUAUUCACCUUCACCAUGAAUCUGGAAACGCAUCUAUGGAAACAAGCCUAUUACAAAAUUAUUGAAUCUUUAAGAAGCGGAUCCAAUUCGGUGCGGGAAGCGGCAGGCAAACUUCGCGACAUACUGCGAACCGUCAUUACAAAUGGGAUUUCCUACUACAAGCGCUUGUUUGCCCUUUACGAGAACGAGUUCUCUUUCAAAAUAUCGGAUGCUUUGUUUUGGCCAAAAGGAUUUUCGACAGACGAUUUGAAGAGCGCUCAUGACGGGCCUUCACCGUUGACACGAUUUGAUAGUCCUCAUGAAAAAGCUGCUCUAAAAUCGCUAUCUCGUCACCAUGUUUCACUCGGAAAUCUUUAUCGCUACCUCGCAAUCGUUGAAGCUAGCGAGGAUUUUGGACGCUCGCAGUGCUCGUACUUGUUCGCAACACAGAUUUGGCCGGAAAGCGGGUUGGCCUACAACCAGCUUGCCAUUCUCGCCUAUAACAUGAUGUUGUACAGAAGUCGUUUGAGCAAGCUUUCCACGCCAGUGCUCUCUGAUAGAAGACAGAGCCGAGUCAUUGAUGAGACCUAUUACCUCGUGAGAGCCAUAUCAGCGCAAUUCCCAUUUGAAACGGCAAAAGAUCGAAUGAUUCAACGAUUGAGUGCCAUGAUCCGCAAGAUCGAGAAAUAUGAACCAGUACUUGAUAAGGAGUUUGGAAAAGCUCAAGAUGAGAUCGAUGCCGCUUUACGAAAAGAUCAACCAAUUGAGAUUUGGGUGCACAGGGAUGGGCAAAUGAUGAAAAAAGAAGAUGAAGAAGUUAUUGAGGAUGAGAUUAUUUCACGCAUCUGUCAACAAUCACCAAGCACAGUGCAACGUCGAUGUGUUUCAUAUCUUGUCGGAGUGGCUGCAAUGCUACAUACAAAAAUUAACUUCAAUCAAUUCUCUUCGGUAUCAUCGAGAGCAUUGGCGUUUCUUGCUGCUAAUUUGGAGCUUGGAGAUUCACGGCUAUCGGCUCAACAACUUGCUCAAUUAUCUUCAGUCUUCAUUUUUUUGGUCACCAAUGUACAAACGAAUAAAGAGACAGACACAUUGACUUACCAGCAGCAAAUGUCGUUCAGCUUUCUUCUCUCAUUUUUUGGAGUCUUGUUGCGACCACUAGCAGCUGCAAGUUCAUCAGUUGCAAGUUGGCUUGAGAACGAAGAGUUGACACCACAAAAGGUCAUUCGGGUAUUACCUUCUUUGUCAUUGCUUUCGUACUGGAUGAGCAGCGCAGAUGCUAAGAAAGCUUUUCGAUCUAUAAACGUGGUAGAACCAUUGGUUUCACCGUUUUUCCAAGUUGAUACUUGGGGAUUUUUGGCUCAAAUCGCAAAUACCCUUGAUGCUGAAGAUAAUGCGGGCCGCUUUUUGAAGAGCACAAGCACUGAUUCCGAUUCUGGUGUGAAAGUUCUACCGGAAAUGAAUUUGGUUUCAUCUUUUUGUAACGUUUUCCCAUCACCUCCACCAGCGCUCAAUAUUUCUACACAUUCGGACAAUUCUUCGGCGCAACGCUUUGCUUUUCAUUUCCGAUUGCUAGGAUUGUUAUCUUUUGCCCGGUUUCUCGAUGAGAGCAAAUUAAGUUGUUUUGGCUUUGAUCACGAAACUAAAAGAUUCACUCACCGUGGACUGAACUCCACCGAUGGCGAAAGCUUCGAAGAUGAAAAAAAACAGGGGCUUCUCAAAAAGAAAAAUGAAGAAACAAUGAGAGAAAAUCUUGCUCAAAACGAAACAAAAAGGAAGAAUCGUGUUCUUUUGGUAAAGCCACUACAAUUGGUUCCUGAUACGAAUGGAUUUGUUGACCACCUAGAACUGAUUACAAAAAUUGUUUCUUCAAAACAUUACACGCUGCUGGUGCCCACAAUUGUGAUCGACGAGCUCACGGGUUUGGCUCUUGCUCCGCGCCCAACUGAAAAUGAGGAACAUGCCGAGUUUGUUCAUGCACAGGCGAAAGUGGCAGCACAGUGGUUAAAGGAUCAAUGCAAGUUGAAACCGAAAAAUAUAAGUGUUUUGACAUCACGCGGAGAAAUGAUGAAGCUCAUGAUGGUUAACGAAGAAUCAACGCGAGGGGACCUGCGAAAUAUAAAUGAUGAUCGGAUAGUCGAGUCUUGUUCUUCGUUUGCUGAAUCCUGUAUUCUACCGCCGAUCACUAAUGAUCAAGUGCAAAAUCUCCCAAGCGAUUCGGAUGUGAUUCUACGUGGUGUAGUUUUGCUGACAGAAGAUCGAGGCGUUCAAAUCAAAGCUUCUGCCCAAAGCAUACCGACGCGUACUCUAGCUUCAUUUGUGAAAUGGGCGAGCUUAGAAGGACGAGAUGAUGAGGUCAAUCUCCUUCGAGGCCUUUUACUUGUUUUGCUGGACCAAACAGCCGAGGGAAUGCGACAAUUGGAAACGAUGCGGAAUGGAGCCUUUUCCCUUGGAGCACUUCAUGCAUUACGAUUCGCGCACAUGAAAGCCAAAAAUCCGGACAAAGAAUCCCUAAAAGAGAUAGACAACGAUUUGGGAAAAGAGCAAAAGUCGGCAACCUCUGAAAACCUUUUCGGAGCUGCUCAUAUUCUUUGUCUUCUCAAUCAGGCAUCUAAAGCAAGGACAUUUGCUGAACGAGCACUGGAAAAUGAUGUGGAGAAUCCAAAAUAUUUAUGUGUGAUGGGAUGGAUUGAAUAUCAACUGGGAAGAGAUUUGAAAGCGGCACAGAAAUGCUUUGAGGAUUCUUCGACAAAACUUUACCCAGACGCAUUCAUUGGUCGAGUGGCGCUUCUUGCUGACCGUCAUGCUCCACAAGAAAUGGCCAUAGUGGCUCAGGAGUUAUACCGUCAGAGUCCAACUUUUGUGCCUUCCGUUUUGGAAAUGGCUCGAGCUUUAUCGAUUUCGAAUCAAUGGGAACAACUCGUCACUCAGCUAAACAAUGCACUUAUUGUUCAAUCCGAAUGCCUGGCUGCUCAUCUGCUAUUGGCUCUAAAUGCGGUGUGCGUCAAGGGCGGGCAAACAAAUGUGGAGACAGCUCUGGGAGAUCUUUUCUCAGCUUUUGAAUCGAUGGAAUCUCUGAAUCAUCAAUUGGCGUAUAGUCUAGCCGAUCUUUUCAUUCGGUGUGCGGUUCGAAAUGCAACAACAUCUCAGUUUUGCAGAAAACUAUUGGAUAAAGCAUUGGCGCUUGAUCGUCGCCCUGAAUAUCUUGCGUUAGCUGUUCGACUUCUUAUUCACAAUGAUGAUGCAAAAGGUGGAUUAGAAGUGGCAAAAGAAUUGAUCACAAUCGGGAGUGAAGAACCAAGAGCACUACUUGGAAUCGGUCUCUGUUAUCUGGCCUGUGGUCGAGCUGCCGAUGCUGCCAGUCAGUAUUCAUUUGUGAAAGAGGCACACACAAAUCUUCGUGAGAACCCGCUCUGCAUGUUUCUCGGAGCUUUGGUGGCGAAAUUUCAUGACAAUUCAUUUGAUCAAUUCUUUUCGAAUAUCAAAAAUGUGGUUGACACACAUCUUGCAAAUGUUCCUAAUAAUGCGUCUGGAGAAGAGUUAAUAAAAGCCCUCGAUCCGGCUUUCCUUGUCGAUGUCGCGUUACAAUUGCUCGACUAUGCACCGCCAUCGCCAACUAAAUCUCCGGAUCCAAUCCUCAAAGAAGCGGAUCGAGUUUUGGCAGCGGUUCACGAGCAUUGUCAAGGCCUUACCGAAGUGACAUAUUUGUUAGCAAAAGUUCGCUAUCUGAGUGGAGAUAGCGAUGGAGCGGAGAAAUUGGUGGACAAGUGUCUUGAUCGAAAUGAGACCGUUGCUGAUGCCUAUCUUCUGAAAGCUCAAAUUAAAGUCGAAAAAGGAAAAGUCGAAGAUGCGGAGCAAUGUUUGGAUACUGGUUUAAGCUUUAAUUUCGCCGUCAGAGACAGUUGUUUGUAUCAUCUUAUAAAGGCCAAAGUUUUGAAGAAAAGAGGUGAACACGAAAAAGCUGUGGAAGUGCUAAAAAGCGCAGUCCGUCUACCGAGACAAGAGAAGAAUGUAUCGAUAAAUCUUCUGUCUCGUGGGAAGAGCGAAGACGUGAAUCGCAUUUCUGUUCAUCUUGAACUCGUCGACUCUUUGCAAGCAUUGAAGAAAACGGAGGAGGCUGAGCGAAUCAUGAAAGAAGCACAAAAUCAAUGGAAAGGUCGACCGGAAGCUGAACAAUUAUUGCUCACCCAUGCACAGAUUCUCAUUUCGAAGGGGGAUGCUGAUGCGGCUUUGACAAUUCUUAACAGGGUACAACCAAACCAAGCAAACUACCAAGCUGCUCGCUUGAAAAUGGCUCAAAUCUAUUUGGACGAGAAAAAGGAUCGUCGAAUGUUCACGAUUUGCUAUAAAGAACUUUUGGAAAAUGAUCCGAGCCCUGCUACUUAUGCUUUACUUGGUGAUGCUUAUAUGAAAGUGCAAAAUCCCUCGAAAGCGAUUGAAGUUUAUGAAAAAGCUUUAAAAGCUAAUCCAAAAGAUCACAUUCUUGCACAAAAGAUUGGAGAAGCUUAUGUGCAAUGUCAUUUAUAUGCAAAGGCGGUGAACUAUUAUGAAGCGGCUGUGAAAUCGGCAAAAGACAAUCAAAUGCGACUCAAGCUUUCCAAUCUACUUUUUUUACUUGGGAAUUUCGAGAAAUGCGAACGAGUGCUAAAGGAUCCUUUAGAAAAAGAGCCAAAUCCAUCUGAUUUGACAACAAUCGCUUCUCAUGUCUCUUAUUGGAUGCUCCUCUCAAAGCUACACUUUGAGAAUGGAAAUUGGCAAGAAGCUAUUGAUGAUUUGGAUAAAGCAAAAUCACUGCAAUUGCGGCUUCUCGGACGGGGUGAAGGGAACACUCUUCAGAUCAAGAAAGAGGCUGCAAAAAUUUGUUGUAAUCUCGCUGAACUGCACACGAAUCGACGCGAGUUAACUCGAGCUGUCGAGCUGUACAAAGAGGCUGUUCAGCUGAAUGAAACUGAUAUCAAGACUAUACUUGCACUAGCGCAAUUGUAUUUAACUAUGGGCAAAUUGCAUUUAUGCAAUCAACAAUGCCAAGUCGCGCUCAACAUUGAGAAAAACAAUGAUGAGGCUACAUUGAUGAUGGCUGAUUUAUUAUACAUGAAAAAUGAGGGAGAUCAAGCGGUGGUUCAUUUCGCGCAAUUGCUUGAACGAUAUCCAAAUCACUACCAUGCCCUUGCGAGAACCAUUGAACUUUCGUGGCGCUCCGGUGAUGUAGAUUUAGCGGAGAAACAUUUAAGAAGAGCCCUUGAAAAUAAUCCCAGAGCAACCGUUGAUGCUGGAUAUAAUUAUUGCAAAGGUCUUCAUGAAUGGUACUCGGGUGAGCCAAAUGCCUCUUUGCAAGCAUUCAAUCGAGCGAGGAGAGAUCUCGAAUGGGGCGAAAGAGCCAUUUACAAUAUGAUUGAAAUUUGUUUAAACCCUGAGAAUGAAGUGCUUGGAGGAGAGGUUCUCGAUCAAGCUGAUGAUAGCACCGACACAGCUUCGAGACAAAUCGGCAUGCAAACUGCAGAGAAAUUUUUAAAAGAACUGCGUUUCAAGCCAGGCUUAGACAUUAGAUACAGUCUGAUGGAGAAUUUCAUUCUUGUUUCGAGUGGGAAUAAGAACAGCAUGCAACAAGCAUUGAACAAUCUUCUUGAUAUGAUUGGUAUAGAAGGGGAACGAGUCCAAUCUGUGGGUGCAGUGCUGGGCGCGGCUCGGGCUUACAUGCUGCUUAAACAGACUCAAAAGGCAAAGCAAACUCUGAAACGAGUGGUCGGACAUCCAUGGACGAUCGAUGAUGCUGAUUAUCUAGAAAAAUGUUGGCUUCUGCUUGCUGAUUUGUAUAUCAACCAAAAUAAAGCUGAUCAGGCAACGGCAAUCCUUCGCACUGUUCUCAUGCAUAAUGCCAGUUCAAUUCGAGCUUUUGAAUUUAUGGGUUUUCUGAAAGAGAAAGAACAAAAAUGGAUCGAUGCAUCGGCUAAUUACGAAGAAGCCUGGCGAUUGUGCAAACAAAGAAACCCAGCUAUCGGUUAUAAACUAGCCUACAACUAUAUGAAGAGCAAGAAAAUUUUCGAUUGUAUAGAGGUAUGCCACAAAGUUCUUCAACAGUACCCAUCAUAUCCAAAGAUCAAAAAAGAAAUCAUGGAUAAAGCUCGAUUGAUGAUACGAAGU